GACACGCAGAGAGACGCCGGGUCAACGCGCCAGGUAGCAACGCCUCGGGACAGCCGUCGACGUUCCCUUCGUCGCCGUCCUCGUCCUCGCCGUCGUCGUCGUCCCAGCGGUUGGGUGGUGGCCGUGGUUCCUUCUCUAUAGAACGUGGACAGCCGCGGCGACUCCGGGGGAUGACAACCAUGGGGUCCUUUCACGCCGCAUCCGGGAGCCUCGUUCUCCUCGCGGCCACGGUCGUCCUGCUGCCCGCCACGCAUCGCGCUCCGUUUGCAUACGCCGCAACUGGCGGCGGCAGUAUGCUGGGCGACGUGAACAUUUCUGCGAUACUAGAUUCCUUUUCCGUCAGUUACGAUAAAAGAGUAAGGCCGAACUACGGAGGUCCUCCCGUCGAGGUGGGCGUCACCAUGUACGUCUUGAGUAUCAGCUCCCUAUCCGAAGUGAAAAUGGACUUCACGUUGGAUUUUUACUUCCGACAAUUCUGGACGGAUCCACGACUCGCGUUCAAGCAAAGAACGGGCGUCGAGACGCUCAGCGUCGGAUCCGAAUUCAUCAAGAACAUUUGGGUACCCGACACCUUCUUUGUCAACGAGAAGCAGUCAUACUUUCACAUUGCUACCACCAGCAACGAGUUCAUUCGUAUUCACCAUUCGGGAAGCAUAACGCGUAGCAUACGCUUAACGAUUACAGCGUCAUGUCCCAUGAACUUGCAAUAUUUCCCGAUGGACCGGCAAUUGUGCCAUAUCGAGAUCGAGAGCUUUGGAUACACAAUGCGCGAUAUUCGGUACAAAUGGAACGCCGGCCUACAGUCGGUCGGCAUCUCGAACGAAGUGGAACUACCGCAGUUUCGCGUGCUCGGUCACAGGCAACGACAGACAACCAUACACCUAUCUACAGUCGGAUACACGAUGAGGGACAUCCGGUACAAGUGGAACGAGGGCCCGAACAGCGUCGGAGUCAGCAACGAGGUCUCCCUGCCUCAGUUCAAGGUCCUCGGUCAUCGUCAACGUGCCAUGGAGAUUAGUCUUACCACCGGGAAUUACUCGCGGCUGGCCUGCGAGAUCCAGUUCGUACGGUCGAUGGGCUACUACCUGAUCCAGAUCUACAUACCCUCGGGGCUGAUUGUCAUAAUAUCGUGGGUGAGCUUUUGGCUAAACCGAAACGCGACCCCCGCUCGGGUGGCCCUCGGAGUAACCACUGUGCUCACUAUGACGACCCUAAUGUCCUCGACGAACGCGGCGCUACCAAAGAUCUCCUACGUCAAGUCCAUCGACGUCUAUCUGGGCACCUGCUUCGUCAUGGUCUUUGCCUCGUUGCUCGAAUAUGCCACGGUGGGAUACAUGGCGAAGAGGAUUCAGAUGCGGAAGAAUCGCUUUCAAAAGAUAGCUGAGAGCAUGAAGGCCGCGAGUGAGAAUCCAGGACCGCCGCGCGUACCCGGCGAUCAUGGCGAUCACGCGCCUAAGCAAACUUGGUCCCAUGUUGUCCAGGAGGUGCGGUUCAAGGUGCACGACCCAAAGGCACACAGCAAAGGUGGGACACUUGAAAACACCAUAAACGGUCGCGCCGAUGAGGAAACGGCGGGCGCACCGCAACAUAUUAUUCAUCCUGGCAAGGACAUCACCAAGCUCUACGGCAUCACGCCGUCGGACAUCGACAAGUAUUCCCGCAUCGUGUUCCCAGUAUGCUUCGUCUGCUUCAAUCUGAUGUACUGGAUCAUUUAUCUCCACAUCAGCGACGUGGUUGCGGACGAUCUCGUACUGCUCGAGGAAGCUAAGUAAACGACGAUGUCGCGGCGCUUCGAAUCAAGAAGAGAAAAGAGUAAAAGUGCAGGGGCAGAAUCGAACACUUUAUGCGAAAAAAGGACAAGACGAGAGCCGGUUCGUAAGAGAAAGGCGAAAACGGUUCGAGGAAGAUGAAUCGAGGCGCGCUUGGUAGCUACUCGGAGGGGAAAGGAGUAAAAGCGAACGACAAGCGAGACGGUUUGUACCAGCUCGCAGGCAGAAGAGCGCUUGUGUCCAUCUCGAGAGCGCUGCAACUACUUCUUCACGACUACGAAGUAGUAGCGGACGAAUACGGACAGUCACGCGGUCGCAUUAGAUUCGGAGUAAGACCUACUACUUACUCGCGAUCACUGGAAAGUAUAAAAGCGAACGCUUUCGUAGGGUCGCCGCGUCCGCUCCGAAAGAGACGUGGCUGACCAAACGCGCGUUCCAACUACUGCGCGGCAUCGUGGCUACCGCGCUUCCUCCGGGCAGACGCUCUCGUUCGUCAAUCAACGAUCGAGCUCGCGUAAGCCUCGGCUAACGUCGCUCUCCACGAGGUGUCUUCGUUAAAGACUCGAUAUGUAUAGACGUAUCGCGCGAUAUGUAGGGAUAUAUAUCGCGGCGCGAGCGAAACGAGCAAGCGGAAGCUCAAAUUUCGAAGGCGAAUCUACGAGCAUACAUAUACCAUAAAACAUUGCCAGGUAUCUCUAGGUAUUCCUAGUUCUUAAACGGAGAAAAUACCUUCGAUAUAAACACUUGUCAAUUUAGCCACCAUUACAUAGUAACGUUAACUAACGCUAAGGACAACACCGAGACUCGUCGGUUUGAAGCGACAGUUCAAUCGAGAGCGGCUUGAGGGGAAAAAUAUAGGAUUAUCGACGUUCGUCGAGGUCGAGGAUGAAUCGUCGCUCUGUCACGUCGUCAGCAGCGCUCGUACGCAGACGGAGAAAACGUAGCGGAAAUCGCGUGGUGGCAUGUGUGUGCGUGCAUGCGAACGAACGAACGAGAGAGAGAGAGAGAGAGUGAGAGAGUGAGAGAGAGCACGAAAGAAAAAGAGAGAGAGAGAGAGAAAACGGGGAAGAAUGAACACAAGCGUAAAUGUGUGCGUGAAAGCGCGCGCAGAA